UUCCUUUCGCCAUUCCGCAGCUUCUCGAGUCUUCUAUCGAAUUGCUGGAUGGAAUAACCCCUUUCCUUUUUAAAGACACCCCCGGCCUCUUGUCAGAGACUCAGAAGUCAGAGCCCAGAGCCCGUUUACAACUCUCUUCAGUCUUCCCCAUCUAUUCUCUUCUCCGAUUAAGGAUCUUCGUAAUUUUCUCUGAUCUUCUUUGCCCGUUCAAGAAUCUAUCUAUAUAAUGAGUCGCGGUAACCAGAGAGACCGGGACCGUGAGCGGGCUCAGGCUCGGGCCGGCAACAAGUCCAAGCAGCCCAAAAGCGACGGCCUCACCCCCGAGCAACGCCGAGAAAGGGAUGCGAAGGCGCUACAAGAAAAGAUGGCGAGGAAAGCGGCGCAGUUCGCCGGGGGGAACAAAGCUGGCGGCGGCAUUGAAGGUAAAAAAUGACAGAGUGAAUGGUGGGGGAUAUAGGUAGGUAGAUAUGAGAAUGCUUGUACUGGAUCAGAUGUGGGUUCAUUUGGUGAUGUUGUUUGAGAUGAACAAACAAACUAAUUCGGGUUUUUCUUGAAGGAAGUUGUUAAAUUUGGCUUCUCGACCAUCGAUGUUAUCACUUGUCCCUGAUUUGGAAUGGAACUCCUUCGUAUCUUUGUUCAA